AUGGUGCUCACCCUCAACGGCAGCCACCUCUACGGUAACCUCCGGCCCCUGGUCCUGGAGGACCCGCGGGCGCUGAGCGGCGGCAGGAUGAUCGCCGGCUCCUGGCCCCCGCGCAGCCUGGCCAAGCUCGGUCCGUCUCCUGCCCCGUCGGCGCUGCCCACGGCGAGCCCUCUCCCAGCCAACGACUCCCAGUGCGGAGAGCAAAUCCUCAGCUACGGCAACGUGGAGAAAGUUCUCAUCGGGGCCGUGCUCUGCCUCAUCACCCUUCUGACCAUCGCCGGCAACUGCCUGGUGGUAAUCUCUGUCUGCUUCGUGAAGAAGCUGCGGCAGCCCUCCAACUAUCUCAUCGUCUCGCUGGCCCUGGCAGAUCUCUCGGUGGCCCUGGCCGUCAUGCCCUUCGUCAGCGUCACCGACCUUAUCGGCGGCGAGUGGAUCUUCGGGCGUCUCUUCUGCAACGUCUUCAUCGCCAUGGAUGUCAUGUGCUGCACGGCCUCCAUCAUGACCCUCUGCGUGAUAAGUAUCGACAGGUACCUGGGAAUAACAAGACCUCUUACGUACCCUGUAAGGCAGAAUGGGAAGUGUAUGGCCAAAAUGAUCCUGUGUGUAUGGCUUUUAUCUGCCUCCAUCACUAUACCCCCGCUCUUCGGUUGGGCCCAAAAUGUAAAUGACGAAAAGGUUUGUCUGAUCAGUCAAGACUUCGGCUACACCAUUUACUCCACAGCAGUUGCAUUUUAUAUCCCCAUGUCAGUGAUGCUUUUCAUGUACUAUCAGAUUUACAAAGCUGCCAAGAGGAGUGCUGCUAAACACAAGUUUACUGGUUUUCCCCGUCUGGAAGAAACGGAAGGGAUUUCUAUGAAUGGAGUUGUAAAACUGCACAAGGAAUCUGAAGAAUGUGCUAAUUUUUCACGACUCCUAAAGCAUGACAAGAAAAACAUUUCCAUCUUUAAAAGAGAACAGAAAGCUGCCACUACCCUUGGGAUUAUUGUUGGGGCUUUCACUGUCUGCUGGCUGCCCUUUUUCCUCCUCUCAACUGCAAGGCCCUUCAUCUGCGGGACGUCAUGCAGCUGUAUCCCACUCUGGGUUGAGAGAACAUUUCUAUGGUUGGGCUAUGCAAACUCUCUCAUUAACCCUUUUAUAUAUGCCUUCUUCAAUCGAGACUUGAGGACAACUUAUCGCAACCUCCUGCAGUGCAGAUACAGGAAUAUCAACCGGAAACUGUCAGCUGCAGGGAUGCAUGAGGCUCUGAAGCUUGCAGAAAAGCCAGAAUUUGUUCUGUAAGGAGAAGUUCUGAUUUCUCCAGGGAAAAAGAGUCAUGACCAAAUGUGCUUUAAAGCAGCCAGAGAAAGCCAAGCCAGAACAGGAAGAAGAAAAUGAAGAGUUGGCUUCUAAAGAUCUGGAUAGAUUUAUGAAACAUACUUCAUCUUCUUUUGAUGGAAAUGUGCUAAAAAUACUCCAUGAGCUCGAUACAUUACAUUAAUACAUUUCUGUUGGAAGUAGCCACAUCUUGUUUGUUAUGAAGGAAAGUGCUGCUAUACACAAAUGAAAAUAGUUUUCUGCCUGAGAAAGCCAAGCCAUUUCAGCAAUAAGAGUUUGGCACACAGGGUUGAGAAACAAACAUGCAACUAAAACUCAAAGAUUGUACAGAUUUCUACCACAUUAAACAAUGUAGAAGAGUAUUCAUAUGUUCACCAUGCUCAUGGAUCAUAACAUUAGUAUUAAUAUUCAGGGAUUUUCAGUGAUACUGAAUGUAUUUUGGUGCAUUACAAAAAGAGGUUUUCAGGCAAAUGCUGGCUCUAUGAAUGCUUUCAGGGCUUGUGUUAGAGAUGCCACGCACCUGGAAUGGGAUUGAAAACAACAACAAUAAAAGACCAAUUUUUGUAAAAACAUUCAAACAUUCUAUUGUACUAAGUAAAUGCCUGUUACUUGUUAACAUACAUGUGGUUUGUUCUCCCAAACUUUUUAAAAAGGCUGCUUUCAGUUAUGCUGUGAUGAAAGUUAAGGGACAGAAUUAGAAUGCACAUGUAUUACACCACAGCUAAUUUACAAAGAUGAUUGCUUUGAUUUAAUGUAAUUUUCAUGACCUGCCAAUUUACAAAUUUCUAUCAUUUCAACUCAAAUAAGUAUAAAAGGCUGGAGAAUGUCCAUAGUACUUUGCUUUUUGUUUUACUGGGUAGCUAGAGAGAGAAUUAAAACAUUUAUUAUUUUAAAAAAUUUGUUUAAGAAGUGUUAUUUCUGCCAAUUUUUUUGUUAUAAUUAAAAU